UCGUGGCCCAAGGGGUCAGGGAGAGCUCCUAGCCUGGAGCCCCAGCCAGAAUGGCAGUGCUUUGUCAUCCUAAGGUCAGGGGAGGUGGAGGUGAGCUUGCUGGAAAGGUUAGAGGUAGCGUGUUGUGGACCUGCUCCCAUUCUGUGUCCCAUUUAUGACUCUGAUGGCCAACACUGAGGAUUGAGGAAGCUUAAAGUUAGGAGACUACCCGCCCUCAACACACAUACACUGAUUAGUGAGAGAGGCUGCCUGCUACUAGACAGUGACAUUGGGAUGUGUUUGGGGUGGUGAAUUAUCCUGACUCUGAGAUGGCUUUGCUGUGUGUGAUGGAGGCGUUAUAUAGAGUGUAGGAUGGUGUGGUGGGAAGGCAGAGAUAAUACAUGGAAGAACAUGGACUCUGAAGUAAAGCCUGACCUGGGUUCAAAUCCUUGCCUCUGUCUCAGACAAGCUUUUUAACCUAAGCCUCAGUUUCCCCAACUACAAAAUGGGACUGAUCAUCUUCAUCAUAAAGGGCAAUCGUGAGGGUUGGGAGAGAGAACAAGUGCUCAGUAAAAAGUAACCCUUAAUGGGCCUUAUUGUGUCCCAAGGCUCCAGAGGAGUUGGUGAGCUACAGCUGGUCUGAGGAAGAGGAGAGUUAGGAGACUGUAACGGGGUCAGUGUCCCCAGGGCUCUGCGUGAGGCUGUGGGAGUAUCCAGGUCACUUGGGGUUGGAUGGGGUGAGGUAAAUGAUGUUUAGUCUGUAGCAAGGGGUGGUUGGGGCAAGGUUCUUCUUAACAGCCGACCUCUGAGGCUGGCGACAGCCCCUCUGCUGCCUACCCCUGCGGGUUUGUGCAGCCAUAUGUGGGUGUAGCCUGUCCCCGGAGUGUGGCUGUAGGUAUGUUUGAGAAGGCGCAGGCAUCCCAAGAAAGAACAAGUCGCCUUUUGUACAAGCCCAGCCCCGGGCCGGGUUGGGCCCUCUCUGGGGGAUCCCCUGUUUCUGCGCCCGGCUCUUAGCCCACGGGACAGCGCCCCAGCCACGCCCGCCACCCGAGGGGGCUGCGAGGCUGCCUGAGCGCCCCCUCCCGGGAGACCCACGCUUCGGGCUUGGAGCUGGGGGUGCGGGGUGCGGGGAGUGGUCUGGGACAGGGGGCGUGUCCGGAGGCCUGCCCCGCCCAUGUGACGUCACCCCAGGUGCUACCAAUCUCCGGGAGUCGUGCCCACGGGCGACCCGCCCCUUCCAGGCUCCGCGCUCUGAGAUCUGGAGGCGCCGUGGGUGGAGGCGGCGGCAGGGCCGGCCCACGGGGCGGGGAGACCAUUGAAAGGCCUCGCCCUUCCUGCCUUGGGCGGGGCUGAGCACACGAACCCUGAGAACGAACCGAGCUGCUCUCUUUGAACCUCACAAGACCUCGCUUCCUGGAGCACUCAACCUUCUUGCCCACCUGUCCAAAUCCUACCAGAUGGGAGCUUGCCUGCCUGUCUACCCAUUGGCCUGGACCCCAGAGCCUGCCCAGCUAAGUGCGUGCAGAGGGCCCCGGGUUCGGGGCGAUUCUCAGGCUGCCGAAGAGACCACCCUGGAAUCACUGGUGAAGACAGGCCUUUGUUGCUGAGCUGGGUCUGUCUGCACAGCUUGCUCAGGCGCUGUCCACGCCCCGAGGCCUGGGCUCAGGCCAAAGUUGCUUCACAACACCCUCAGCUGACAGCCAGCGACUGGCAGAGCCCCCAGGCACGGGGGCCCUCUCUCUUCCAGAGAUCUCCAGUGUGACAGCCCAGGCGGCAGAGCCGAGGGUCCUGGUCCCGGCUUCUCGCACCCUCAUGUCAGUCCCGGCCCCGCCCGGCGGCCCUCGGAGGACAAGGUCAGGAUGCGUGUGAAGCCCCAGGGCCUGGUGGUGACUUCCAGUGCCGUGUGCAGCUCUCCUGACUACCUCCGGGAGCCCAAGUACUACCCCGGCGGCCCCCCCACCCCCCGGCCCCUGCUUCCCGCCCGGCCCCCCGCCAGCCCACCCGACAAGGCCUUCGCCCACACCUUCUCCGAGAACCCGCGCCCACCCCCACGCCGGGACCCCAGCACCCGGCGCCCACCAGUCCUUGCCAAGGGGGACGACCCGCUGCCCCCAAGGGCGGCCCGUCCUGUCUCCCAGGCCCGCUGCCCCACACCCGCGGGAGACAGCAGCAGCAGCUCCCGAAGGCGCUGGGACAACGGGCGGGCGACCCUGCGUCCAGUGGUCCAGCUGAUCGACAUCAUGAAGGACCUGACCCGGCUCUCCCAGGACCUGCAGCACAGCGGCGUGCACCUGGACUGUGGUGGUCUCCGGCUCAGCCGCCCCCCGGCCCCGCCCCCCGGGGACCUGCAGUACAGCUUCUUCUCCUCACCCAGCCUGGCCAACAGCAUCCGCAGCCCGGAGGAGCGGGCCACCCCCCACGCCAAGUCCGAGAGGCCCAGCCACCCCUUGUACGAGCCUGAGCCUGAGCCUCAGGACAGCCCCCAGCCCGGCCAAGGCCACAGUCCCGGAGCCACGGCCGCGGCCACUGGUUUGCCACCCGAGCCUGAGCCCGACGGGCCCGAUUACUCAGAACUCGCUGACGCCGACAUCCUUAGUGAGCUGGCCUCUCUCACUUGCCCCGAGGCCCAGCUGCUGGAGGCCCAGGCCCUCGAGCCGCCAUCGCCUGAGCCCGAGCCUCAGCUCUUGGACCCCCAACCCCGCUUCUUGGACCCGCAGGCUCUAGAGCCGCUCGGGGAAGCUUUGGAGCUGCCGCCCCUGCAGCCCCUGGCUGAUCCUCUGGGGUUGCCGAGCCUGGCGCUACAGGCUCUGGACACCCUGCCCGACUCCCUGGAGUCGCAGCUGCUUGACCCGCAGGCACUUGACCCCCUGCCCAAGUUGCUUGACGUCCCCGGCCGCCGCCUGGAGCCCCAGCAGCCCCUGGGACCCUGCCCACUGGCCGAGCCCUUGCGCCUGGACUUGUGCUCACCCCAUGGCCCUCCGGGGCCUGAGGGUCACCCCAAAUACGCCUUGCGGCGCACCGAUAGGCCAAAGAUCCUGUGUCGCCGACGGAAAGCCGGACGGGGACGCAAGGCAGAUGCCGGCCCCGAGGGCCACCUGCUCCCCCUGCCUAUGCCCACCGGGUUGGCCGCCGCACUGGCCGAGCCACCCCCACCGCCUCCUCCACCGCCUCCUGCCCUGCCCGGGCCAGUUCCCGUCCCGGAGCUGGAGCCCGAAGCCUCCCAGACCCCGGUGGUCCCUCCCCGCAAAGGCAAGUGCCGGGGCGUCCGGCGCAUGGUGGUGAAGAUGGCCAAGAUCCCCGUGUCCCUGGGGCGGCGGAACAAGACCACGUACAAGGUGUCGUCUCUGAGCAGCAGCCUGAGCGUGGAGGGCAAGGAGCUGGGCCUGCGCGUGUCCGCCGAGCCCACCCCGCUGCUGAAGAUGAAGAACAAUGGCCGCAACGUGGUGGUGGUCUUCCCACCCGGCGAGAUGCCCAUCAUUCUCAAGCGGAAGCGCGGCCGCCCUCCCAAGAACCUGCUGCUGGGCCCCGGCAAGCCCAAGGAGCCGGUGGUGGUGGCAGCCGAGGCGGCCACCAUGGCGGCAGCCAGCAUGGCCAUGCCGGAGGUAAAGAAGCGCCGGCGGCGGAAGCAGAAGCUGGCGUCCCCCCAGCCGUCCUAUGCGGCGGACGCCAACGACAGCAAGGCCGAGUAUUCAGAUGUCCUCGCCAAGCUGGCCUUCCUGAACCGUCAGAGUCAGUGCGCCGGGCGGUGCUCCCCGCCCCGCUGCUGGACGCCCAGCGAACCCGAGUCCGUGCACCAGGCGCCCGACACCCAGAGCAUCUCCCACUUCCUGCAUCGCGUGCAGGGCUUCCGUCGGCGAGGUGGCAAAGCAGGCGGCUUCGGUGGCCGGGGUGGGGGCCAUGCAGCCAAGGCCGCCCGGUGCUCCUUCAGUGACUUCUUUGAGGGCAUCGGAAAGAAGAAGAAGGUGGUGGCCGUGGCAGCCGCGGGGGUCGGGGGCCCUGGCCUCACUGAGCUGGGGCACCCGCGCAAGCGAGGCCGGGGGGAGGUAGACGCCGUAACUGGGAAGCCCAAACGCAAGAGGCGGUCCCGGAAGAACGGGACUCUGUUCCCAGAGCAGGUGCCCAGCGGCCCCGGCUUUGGGGAGGCGGGCACUGAGUGGGCCGGGGACAAGGGUGGCGGCUGGGCCCCUCACCACGGGCACCCAGGCGGGCAGGCUGGCCGAAACUGUGGGUUCCAGGGGACCGAGGCCCGGGCCUUUGCCUCCACUGGGCUAGAGAGCGGGGCUUCAGGCCGUGGCAGCUACUACAGCGCGGCCGCGCCCGCGGGCCAGGCCGAGCUCAGCCAGGAGCGCCAAAACCUCUUCACCGGCUAUUUCCGCUCCCUGCUCGAUUCCGACGACUCCUCCGACCUCUUGGACUUUGCUCUCUCGGCCUCUCGGCCCGAGUCCCGGAAGGCAUCAGGCACCUACGCAGGGCCCCCCACCAGCGCCCUGCCUGCCCAGCGGGGCCUGGCCACCUUUCCCAGCCGGGGAGCCAAGGCCAGCCCAGUAGCCGUGGGCAGUGGCGGGGCUGGGGCUGAGCCCUCCUUCCAGCCGGUGCUGUCCGCUCGCCAGACUUUCCCACCCGGGCGGGCAGCGAGCUAUGGGCUCACCCCGGCCACUUCAGACUGCCGGGCUGCAGAGACCUUCCCCAAGCUGGCGCCCCCGCCUUCUGCCGUGGCCCGCUCACCUACCACCCACCCGCCCGCCAACACCUAUCCCCCGCAGUACGGCGGCUAUGGGGCUGGACAAAGCGUAUUUGCCCCGGCUAAGCCCUUCACGGGCCAGGACUGCGCUAACAGCAAGGACUGCAGCUUUGCAUAUGGCAGCGGCAACAGCCUACCUGCCUCACCCAGCAGCGCCCACAGCGCCGGCUAUGCCCCACCGCCUACCGGUGGCCCCUGCCUGCCACCAAGCAAGGCCUCCUUCUUCAACAGCUCCGAGGGGGCCCCCUUCUCUGGUUCAGCCCCCACACCUCUGCGCUGUGACAGCCGGGCCAGCACGGUCUCGCCCGGCGGCUACAUGGUGCCCAAGGGCACCACGGCCUCUGCCACCUCCGCCGCCUCCUCGUCGUCCUCGUCCUUCCAGCCCUCGCCUGAGAACUGUCGGCAGUUUGCGGGGGCUUCUCAGUGGCCUUUCCGGCAGGGCUACGGAGGCCUGGACUGGGCCUCAGAGGCCUUCAGUCAGCUCUACAAUCCCGGCUUUGACUGCCAUGUCAGCGAGCCCAACGUGAUCCUGGACAUCUCCAACUACACCCCGCAGAAGGUGAAGCAGCAGACAGCCGUGUCCGAGACCUUCUCCGAGUCCUCCUCCGACAGCACCCAAUUCAAUCAGCCGGUCGGCGGCGGUUUCCGGCGUGCCAACAGCGAGGCCUCGAGCAGCGAGGGCCAGUCGAGCCUGUCCAGCCUGGAGAAACUGAUGAUGGACUGGAACGAGGCCUCGUCCGCCCCCGGUUACAACUGGAACCAGAGCGUCCUCUUCCAGAGCAGCUCCAAGCCUGGCCGUGGCCGGCGGAAGAAGGUGGACCUGUUCGAGGCCUCGCAUCUGGGCUUCCCGUCGUCCGCCUCGGCCACUGCCUCGGGCUACCCGUCCAAACGGAGCACCGGGCCCCGGCAGCCUCGGGGUGGCCGGGGCGGUGGCGCCUGCUCGGCCAAGAAGGAGCGGGGUGGGGCGGCGGCCAAAGCCAAGUUCAUCCCCAAGCCGCAGCCCGUCAACCCCCUGUUCCAGGACAGCCCAGACCUCGGCCUGGACUACUACAGUGGGGACAGCAGCAUGUCCCCGCUGCCCUCCCAAUCGAGGGCCUUCAGUGUGGGCGAGCGAGACCCCUGUGACUUCAUGGGACCCUACUCCAUGAACCCAUCCACGCCAUCCGAUGGCACCUUCGGCCAAGGCUUCCACUGCGAUUCGCCUAGCCUGGGUGCCCCUGAGCUGGAUGGCAAGCAUUUCCCACCGCUGGCCCACCCGCCCACGGUGUUUGAUGCAGGUCUGCAGAAGGCAUACUCGCCUACCUGCUCACCCACCCUGGGCUUCAAGGAAGAGCUGCGGCCGCCGCCCACAAAGCUGGCUGCCUGUGAGCCCCUCAAGCACGGGCUCCAGGGGGCCAGCCUGGGCCACGCGGCUGCAGCCCAAGCCCACCUGAGCUGCCGGGACCUGCCGCUGGGCCAGCCUCACUACGACUCCCCCAGCUGCAAGGGUACAGCGUAUUGGUACCCGCCAGGUUCAGCUGCCCGCAGCCCACCCUACGAAGGCAAGGUGGGUUCAGGGCUGCUGGCUGACUUCCUGGGCAGGACGGAGGCCGCGUGCCUCAGUGCCCCACACCUGGCUAGCCCACCGGCCACACCCAAGGCCGACAAGGAGCCGCUGGAGAUGGCCCGGCCGCCCGGCCCACCCCGUGGCCCCGCUGCAGCCGCUGCUGGCUAUGGCUGCCCACUUCUUAGUGACUUGACCCUGUCCCCCGUGCCAAGGGACUCGCUGCUGCCCCUGCAGGAUACCGCCUAUAGGUAUCCAGGCUUUAUGCCGCAGGCGCAUCCCGGCCUGGGUGGGGGCCCCAAGAGCGGCUUCCUGGGGCCCAUGGCGGAACCUCAUCCUGAGGACACAUUCACCGUCACCUCCCUGUAGUGCCAACUGAAGUGCCGACUGGACCUCGAGGUUUUGUUCCUGGCUUUCAGAAAACCAACGCCAAGACCCCUCCCAGCGUCCACAUCGUCCUCCUCUGCCUGCCCCUCUGCCUCCUGCCGCCCACCCCCCGCCCGCACCCCCUGCAGCCCUGUCCCUUGCUCCCACCCCUCCUUGUCCAUCUCCUCCACGCAGAAGCCGAAGGUGAGCCCUUUCUGCACAAAACCAGCAAUUGUAAAUACUUUUUAAAAAUGUACAAAACUUAAAAAACAAAACACAGUUUUAGAAAAAGACAAAAAAAAGAGAGAGAGAGAGCGCGCGCGUGUGCAAGAGGUUGCGAGCGGGGCCUCAUGGUGUCCAGAGCCCCUGCAAGUAUGCACUGAGAAAUUUAUCUACAGGUCGUUUGACAAAAAUGAACAAUAUCCUAUUUAUUGUAUAUACUGUUUUAUUAUAAAUCGUGGAUUGUAUAUUGCAUUCUGUAAACCUGCUGUGGUCCCGUGGUGUGCAAAUUCGCAUGGUGGGGGGGAGGGAGAAGAACCUCUUGCGGGAGCUUUUUUUUUUUUCUUUCUUUCUUAUUUUUCACUCUUUUGGGUUUUCUCUUCUGUUGUUGUUGUUGUUUUCUGUUGGCAGGACACACCCAAAGAUCCAAGUUUGUAU